AUGAGUAAAUUCAAUAAGAAAAGAUUGCUCUCAAUCUAUAAAAACCCACUUCCAAUUGAUUUGAUUUAUGACAAUGAUAUAACUUUUGUGAUUCCGCAAGUGGUGGCCCACAAUCCGGUUUCGUGGAUUUUUUUUGCAUCAAGUUAUUUAAAAAAUUGUUUGGAAAUAUCGGGGCAACUAAUAAAUAACACGGGGAAGGUUCAUCAAAGUAUUGACAAUUCACUGCAGAAGAUUGUGGUGAAGGUCAGUGAUCAUGAUGUAUUCAAAGUGGAAAUUGAAAUUGGCACUCCGGAGUCUGAUGCCAUCAAGUUAUGGAAGAAUGGAUUUUUUGGCAAAGGGAUCUUAAGUCGAAGUGAACCAACAUGGUACGAACGAACUGAAAGACGACUUCAUUUGAAAGAUCAAUAUAGCGAGAAGGAUCUAACUUCGGAAGAAAUUACUGCCUUGAGACGUAACGAGCGGAAGAAAUUCAAGCAAUUACGUGAGAGCUACGAAAAUCAACAAUUGGAGUUAGAACGACAGAUAUCGGCGAUCAUUGAUCGACAAAAAAUUGUGAGCACCAAAAAGGAAAUGUUAGAAAUGGAAAAUGAUUUGAAACGCAUUCAACGUGAAUUGGAAGACUUAAAACUAUUAUCGCAACAAAACCAAGAUUUCCGAGCGUUUCAAAGCUCCCACAAAGUAAAGCUUUACGAAUAUGCCGGUCCGCUCCGUCCUGAUGAUAAUGCGUUAAUCAUUAAUGAUCCAACGAUUAGUGAUAAAGAUAAGCGAAAGCUCAUGCAAUUAGAAUACCUCCAGCUUAUGCCUGUGGAAGCAUUUUUUCUUCAACUUGCGUUGGAUAAAGUUAAGGUGUUCCCAGAGACCACCGGUUCCAAUGAACUUUCAACAUUGGAAUUGUUUCAAAGAUGUGUGGAUUCAUAUUAUUCGCUGACUACUCCUAUGUCUAGGUUAGCUGGUAAUGAAAAAUUUCUUCUUGAUUAUGCGGUUUACCAUCAUUACCGAUCUCACGGAUGGUGUGUUAGAUCAGGGGUCAAAUUCGGGGUUGAUUUUCUUCUUUAUGAGAAAGGUCCGCCAAUAUCCCAUGCCCAGUAUUGUUUGCAUGUGGUGGAAAACUCGGGUAAGAACAUGGAGGACUUUGUGGAGUAUUCGAGUUUGAAUAGAGUGAUUGGAGGGGUGAGGAAGACGUUGGUGUUUGUGUGCGUUGAUGUUCCCCUGGUGCUGACAUUCCAGAAGAUAAUGGAGAAAAUUGCCAUCGAGAAAGAUAUUACUGAACAACAGAAAUUAUGGAAAAAGCUAUUGAAUCAAUAUAAUAUAACGGAAAUGGUUUAUCGAAGAUGGGUUCCAAGCAGAAAUAGGGACUAG